AGUAACCAGAAUUCCCUGACAAAUACUGACUUCUAUGCGCAAGUGAGUGAUAUUACUCCAGCAGGCAGCGUCGUCCUCUCUCCUGGGCAGAAAUCCAAGGUGGGGAGAGCAGAGUGUGAGGGUUGUGCAGAACAAAACUUCACCGUGGACAGUGCCUACUUCUGUGAGGCAGACGUGAAAAAAUGCAUUGUUGUGACUUCGCAUGAGGAGGGAGAGCCAUGCGCUCAAGAGCAAAGCUGCAACGAGGACGUUUACUUCACCACAGAGAGCCUUACCACUACCGGCAUCAGCCUCGGGGGGCCGGCAGCAGAAACCCCGAGCUUGGAGAUGCCUGUGCCAGACUAUACUUCUAUUCAUAUAGUUCACUCUCCACAAGGCCUUGUGCUCAACGCAACUGUGCUGCCUGUGCCAGACCAAGAAUUUAACGUGUCCUGUGGCUACGUGAGCACAGACCAACUGAACAAAAUCAUGCCAUAGCGCUUCUUUGACUAGGUGCAUGCAGUAUUUCACGGCAGAGAGUCAGCUUGGGCUUGUAUGCUGAAACCAAAAUGAAGUCUAAAAGUUUCUUGUGGUUGUUAUAAUUUUAUCUGAGAUGUUGAAACAUAAAAUAUUCAUCAAAAUAUUCCUAUUGUGUUCUGUAAAUAUUAUCUAUGAAUUUGUCUUGAGACUGUUUUACUAGCAGUGACUGUCUUGUUAUUGUAGGUGUUGAUUUUUGUGAUACUAAGCAUUGAAAUUACUAUGUUUAAUGUACAGUAAAUCGUGCUUUUUGAUAAAGCUAAAAAUCAGGUGGUUUAAAGUCUAAGAGUUUAAUAAACAUCAUGCUGUUGGCAAAGAUCUUUAUAGCAGUAAUUGGAAACUGAACAUAUAGGUGAAAAAAACA